GCCGGCGGUCGAACGCAGACGAAAGGAAUUUAUGCGAGAACAGCCUCGGCUCGGUUCAGUUGCUGUCCAGACUCGGGUCGGCGGGGUCCCUCCUCCAACCAUUCUUUUACUGCCUGCCCGUCAGUCUGAGCGCCCCCAGCCCUCCCGCGAGGGCGCCCCGGGACGGAAGGAUCCACCAGCCUGUCGGCGCCCGCCGUUCUCGUGGUCGCCGUAGCGGUCGUCGUUGUGAUAGUCUCCACCGUCGCCUGGGCCAUGGCCAAUUACAUCCACGUCCCGUCGGGCUCCCCGGAGGUCCCCAAGCUGGACGUCACGGUUCAGGAUCAGGAGGAGCAACGUUGCCGGGAAGGGGCCCUGAGCCUCCUGCAACACCUGCGGCCGCACUGGGAUCCUCAGGAGGUGACCCUGCAGCUCUUCACUGAUGGAAUCACAAACAAACUUAUUGGCUGUUAUGUGGGCAAUACAAUGGAGGAUGUUGUCCUGGUGCGGAUUUAUGGCAAUAAGACUGAGUUGUUAGUCGAUCGAGAUGAGGAAGUGAAGAGUUUCCGAGUGUUACAGGCUCAUGGCUGUGCACCACAACUCUACUGUACUUUCAAUAAUGGACUGUGCUAUGAAUUUAUACAGGGAGAAGCAUUGGAUCCAAAGCAUGUCCGCAACCCUGCCAUUUUCAGGCUAAUAGCGCGCCAGCUUGCUAAAAUUCAUGCUAUCCAUGCACACAAUGGCUGGAUUCCCAAAUCAAACCUAUGGCUCAAGAUGGGGAAAUAUUUCUCUCUCAUUCCCACAGGAUUUGCAGAUGAAGAUCUUAAUAAAAGGUUCCUAAGGGAUAUCCCAAGCUCUCAGAUUCUUCAAGAAGAGAUGACUUGGAUGAAAGAUAUUCUUUCCAACCUGGGCUCACCUGUUGUGCUUUGCCAUAAUGACCUACUGUGUAAGAAUAUUAUCUACAAUGAGAAACAAGGUAAUGUACAGUUCAUUGAUUAUGAAUAUUCUGGAUACAACUACCUGGCAUACGAUAUUGGAAAUCAUUUCAAUGAAUUUGCAGGUGUGAGUGACGUAGACUAUAGUCUCUAUCCAGGUAGAGAACUACAGAGCCGGUGGCUGCGUUCUUACCUUGAAGCCUACAAAGAAUAUAAGGGCUUUGGGACUGAAGUUACUGAAAAGGAGGUAGAAAUACUCUUCAUUCAAGUCAAUCAGUUUGCAUUGGCUUCUCAUUUUUUUUGGGGACUGUGGGCUUUGAUUCAAGCCAAAUAUUCCACUAUUGAGUUUGAUUUCCUUGGGUAUGCAAUUGUUCGAUUUAACCAAUACUUUAAAAUGAAGCCGGAGGUUACUGCAUUAAAAAUGCCUGAGUAAAGAUGUAAUUACACUCAACUAGCUGAACAAUGCUUGUGAAUUUUUUCUUAAGAGAUUCUGUAAAGCCAAUUAUUUGUUAAAAUUCUGUAAUUUAAUUUGGUUAUUUUGCUUUACAAAUUAUGCCUCUGUCUACCAAUCUAUUUUUUUAAAUAGACUGGUAUCAAAAAAUAUACCUACUGCUAUCAGUAUGCGGUAGAUUAGAAAUUUAUUAAAUCUGCAAAAAGGUAUAAGGUGUCAGUUCAGUCUUUUUGGUAAUCUGUUAUGUGUGAAUUAUUUAUUAUAAAUGUAACAUGAUUCUGUGAUUGCUUUCAUGUAUUUCAUCUGUUAAAUGUAAGCAGUGAAAAUGUUCCAGAGUAAAUUUUGUUUUUAAUUUUAGUUAAAUGUUCUAGGUGUUCAUUGUAACUUUUUGAUCUUGAUGCACUGUAAGUAAAAUGGAUCAUUUAAUCUUGAAAUGCCAGACACUGGUAUAGAUAAUUUAGAGCAGUUCAUUGAAAAACAUCUGUUUAGGAGGGUGAAAUACAUUCACUACUAGGGUAGUGGUACAUCUUUUUGAAUUGGAUAUUGGAAACUUUCUUUUGGGGGAAUAUACCUUAGAAUUAGAUUCUCAUCUCCCUACAUAGUCUGGCAGUAUAAAUAUUAAUAUUUACUAUGUAAUCCUGAAAUAGAUAUAAUGACUUUUGUUACCAAAAAUCUGGAUUCAUUAAUGUUCUCAUGUACUCAAUGUGGUCAUUUACCAGUUUAUUUUUAAGAUUUUAGUGUAUAUCAAAUUGUUUCUAACCAAAAGUUUUGUUUUACUUAUUGAGAUGGUCUAUGUAUUUGUUAUUAAAUAAUAGGCAGAGAAAAGUUGCUAAUUUUUGAAACAAUGUUUGUCAUACUUGGGAACAAGAAAAUGUCAUUGAGAUUAAUUAUUUUUUACCACUGUAGAUUCAUUUCAUACAUUUUGGUUUCAUGUUUUAGUUUGGCUCCAUGUCUUUAUAAUGAUAGGAAAUGGUUGCUUGAUACAUGUAGGUUUGGAGAAAUAAGUUGACGUGGAUAAUAGAAUAAGGAACAUUUAAGGCAUUGAUAUUGUACACUUAAUAGCUGAUAUAACAAAAUGUGAAUUAAGCAGAAAUACUUCUCUGUUAGUUUUUAUUUCUCUUUGUGUAUUUUUUAUUUUGCUUUCUAGUGAGAGGAUGGUAAUUAUGUGGAAGGAAGUUAGAUCUUUGGGAUAAGUAGGGGUCAAGUUUUGAAUACUGCUGUGUGGAGUUGAAUAGUCAUGGUUGUUUUUUACUUAGAAAAUUAGUCUGACAAGCUUUUCACUUUGGUCACAUAAGUGCCCAUGUACAAAGUUGGCUUAAUGGAUCUGCAUAUUCAGAAUAUGCAACUACAAAUUUAUCCUCUGAGAAAUCUUCUGGGGAGUCUGAUGUAUUAUUCCAAAUGACUUAUUCUCAAAUAAGUGCUUUAAAAUACUUGGAUUAUCUCAAGAUGUUUAAAGGUAAUAAAGUAGAAACACUUAAACGCCAUUUUAAAUGGUAAAUUCUAGUUACAUAAAUAGAAUCUUAAAAUCUGUUUGUAUAUAUAACAGUGUUAGACCAAGGUUUGUUUUCUACCUCCCCAAUGUUAAAAAUGUUCACUUCUGUUUUUAUAAACCACAUUAUUGUAGAAUCAAUAGAAUUUUACCUAAUUGACUAAAUGAAAUGGAAUCAAUUAAACAAUUAAUAACUGUUUAUAUAAUGUUAGAAUAUACUUGAAAAAUUGUUUCUGGUGGAAUUUUUAUCUGUGGUUGGAAUAUUUUCUUAGAACUAUGAAACCUAUGUAAUACUCUUGAUUUUUUUUUGUUUUUUUGGUUUUUUUUUUGCUUUCCAACUUCUUAAAAGUGCAACAGUAUAUAUCUACUAUGGGAGGAGAGAAGAUCAUUUUUCUGUCUUACUCGAUAUUCUUCAAACUAUUUUGAAUAGAGAUUCACUGAGCCGUUGCUGGUAGACUGCAUAGCUGCUAGCUGUGACACUAUUAUAAGCAUUUCAGAAAGAUUCAUAUAGAAGUUAAUGUAAAGGGGAAUAAAAGCUCUACCUUUAUUGCUAGGAGAGUAUCCACUGGAUCUUGGGAACAUAAUCAGAUAUUUAAGAUACUCCCCCCACUCUUUGGUUAGGUUUUGGAUGUUGUGAUGCUCCCACUUUGGUACAGGUGUUUGGGGGAUCAUGCUGCAGGCUAUUAAAGAGGGUUUAAAAUUGCUUCCCCCCUUUUUUUUUUUGACCAUUUAAGAGAUUCUAAAGGGAAAACAUCCCUUUAAAAUUUAUCCCGUGGCUUCUUGAGAUAUCUGUUGCCUUUUUAUGUUUAGCUAAGGAACUUGAAUGCCUUACCUAAUAACUCAACUUGUAAGCUCAUUUUGUAAAUAUGAAAUGGUUGUUAGAAAAGUGGCAUUCAUGUUAGUCAAUAGACCAUAGUGGCCUGGAUGCUUUAACAAGCAAAAUUCCACAAUUUUUUCUUCUUUGUUCCUUACAUACUUGUUAGAUCUUACUGACCAGUAACUUUUUUUUUUUUUUUUGUCGUCUUCUGACCCCAUACUACCACCAUUUUCUGGAAAUCAAAGAGAUGUGGUAGUAAAUCAUACUGUUCACGUGGUCAUUUGAGAUCAAUAUGAGCACAAAACUCAAGAACUAGGUCUGCCUGGAAUGUACAUAAAACAGUGUAAAUAAAAAUUUGUAAAUUAGUGUGAAUUGUAUCUUGCAUAUGAGAUUGUGUAUUGUUUUGCAUUCUUUUCCCUUUUGUAGAAAUUUUUCUGUAAGGAACUGAUCCAGUUCUUUGGUUUUAGACUGGAAAUAGCCAGCAGUUCUGGCUACACAGUGGGAUAACAAUAGGAACUUGAAAUAGGGUUUAUCAGUUUUGUUAAUGUUAGUACUUAUUUAUUUAGCCUCUCAGUGCCUAAUAAUACUUCUCUUCAUUCUUUAGUUCAUUAGUUUUUGUGAGGUUAGAUUCCUGCAAGUGGUCAAUUAUACACUGUUAGAGCUCCAUUCCAUAAUUCUAAGCUAAAGCAAAUUAAAAAUAUAACUUAAAAAUUGUACACAGAAGUGUUACCCUUUCCUGUUUUCAAGGUUGUUAACCUUUUUCUACAAAAAACACCGAUGAAAUUUUUGAUCUCUCAAUGUGAAUCUAAAUCCUAUGUAUACAAGAGAGACGAUAGUGGCUCUAGGUUCAACCUAAGUAUAUCUCCAUUGGCCUUUCUAAAUAUAAAGUUGUUUCUUAUGGAAUUAAAAAAAACCAAAAGGCAAAAAUAAUAUCUUAAUGACUCAUAUUUUCAUUUUGCUGGACUAUAUUUAUUUUAACUUCAUAAAUGUUACUAAAGCUUACAAAGUAAAAGAAAAAAGUCCCCCAGACACUGUUACAAGGUAAAACCUCCACUUUAAAAAGUAUAUAGGUAUUUGUUUUUACAUUACACAUAGCCUUCUAUACCACUUUUUAAUUCCUUUGUAAUAUAAAUGAGAAUACUACCAGUUUGAUUUUCUCCUGUAAAUUGCCUUCAGUAAGCAUUUUAUACUGCAUUCCAAAGUGAUACAGUCAGUCAGUUGAUAGAUAAAGUUGCAAUGCUUUAUGCUAGGAGAAUUUUGUUAUUGGCAGCAACUUGCACUACUUUACAAAAAAGGCAAAUGUUAGUAAUUAUUAUGCACAGAGGAAAAUGGUAAAGCAGCUUUAUCUUUAUUUCAAAAUUGACUUGCAAUGAUUUUUCUUUAGUUAGAUUUUAGAAUGUCCUUUGACUGGAAACUUAGUUAUAUAACGCAAUCUGUUUUGUUUUCUGCCCCCCAUCCUUUUUCCCAGUGUACCACCUAGGUGAUUAUAGUGUUAUAUUUGGGGGUUGAUGUCUUUGGACAGAAAAGCGUAUCAAUUACUUUAAAUGAAUUUUUCCCCCAUCUUUGAAGUUUAGUCAAUAAAAUGUUACUGUAAAAGGAAAUGCUUGGGUUUGUAUUACUUGAAAUUUUGA